ACAGUGUAAAGGAAAUGAAGAUGGGGAGACAGUUAUUGUUGAAAAAGACCACUUCAUGGAUGACUUUUUCCAACAGGUUGAGGAACUUAGAAAUAAUAUAGCAAAAAUAGCACAAAAUGUGGAAGAAGUAAAGAAGCAGCACAGCAUUAUCCUGUCAGCGCCAAAUCCUGAAGGAAGAACAAAGGAAGAACUUGAAGAACUAAAUGAGGAAAUAAAGAAGAUUGCUAAUAAAAUCCGAGCCAAAUUAAAGGCUAUUGAACAAAGUUUUGAUCAGGGUGAAAAUGCUAAUCGGACAUCAGUGGACCUCAGGAUAAGAAAAACACAGCACUCUGUAUUAGCUCACAAGUUUGUGGAGGUCAUGACGGAAUACAACGAGACCCAAACUCUCUUUCGAGAACGCAGCAAAGGUCGGAUACAGAGACAAUUAGAGAUAACUGGAAAGACCACCACUGAUGAGGAACUGGAAGAAAUGUUAGAGAGUGGUAAUCCUUCAAUUUUCACUUCUGAUAUUAUAUCAGACUCUCAAAUAACUAGGCAAGCUCUGAAUGAAAUUGAGUCACGUCACAAGGAUAUUAUGAAACUGGAAUCUAGCAUACGGGAACUACAUGAAAUGUUUAUGGACAUGGCAAUGUUUGUUGAGACUCAGGGUGAAAUGAUCAACAACAUAGAAAAGAACGUGAUGAAUGCAUCAGAUUACGUGGAACAUGCAAAAGAAGAGACAAAAAAGGCAGUUAAAUAUCAAAGUAAAGCACGAAGGAAAAUGUGGAUAAUUAUCAUUGUGUCAUUGGUGUUGAUUGCCAUAAUUGGUCUAAUUAUUGGUUUGUCUGUUGGUAUUCGGUGAUGCUUGGAUAACCUCAGCAUUCAUGACUUCCUGCCAAUGCGGCAAAAUUGAUGUUCAUAAUUAUAUGUGUAACUGUAUUGCUUCUGAUACUUGGAAUUAUCCUAGCAACAACACUAUCAUAGCAAGCACAUUCCAAGAGUUACAAACCUUCAGAAACUCCAAAAUACAUCUUCAGUAAAGCCAAACCUUUUUUAAUAAAUGAUGCCUUACACUGUUCCAUGAUGAUGACCUACCACUAAUGGUUAAAAAUUACAACAAAAUCACUCUUAAUGUUUACUCAUAAAUGAAGAUAAGAAUGUAUUAGGAUAUGAAUGGAUUUUCAUCAUAAACUAUACAUGUGUAAGACUGAAACUUGCUCUUAAUUGUUUUGAACUAAAGUAACAGGAUUUUUUGCAUAUCUCAGUGUUACAAACAGUUUAAAUAGGGAGUUGAGAGACUAUUGAGUUUUGACUGUUUGGCUUUUUUACUAUUGCUAAUAUAAUUCUAAUCAUGAAUUUUAGUACCUUACCAGUGCUGCUUUUGUUAGCACUCUUGUGAACUUUUCUGAGAUGUAGGCUUGUCUUUAAGUGUAUUAAUUAUUUAGUCACUGUAACCUAUCUAAGCUUUAUACUUAAAAUUUUUUUCUCCAACAAAUGCUAAAAUAUUUUAUCCUGAAAAGACUACUUAUUUAACUGUCUGCCUAUUGCAUUACACUUGAGAAGGAAAAAAAAAAAAAAAAGGUUUUUUUACACUUUCCAGGUUGGUUGUGGUUUUUGGUUUUUGUUGUU